CGAUCGCUUGUCAUAUUGUCUCAAUUGAUCCGAUAGAAAGAAACAUGAACUGUCUAAAGAUUUGCGGCUUUGUUUUUGCGCUCAUCGCGGCUCUGGCUAGUGCGGACGCUGCUACGCAAGUCAUUAAUGCUGGCGGCCACACACUGAUACAAACGGACAGAGGUCAAUACAUACGCAAAAACUAAAUUUUAAAUGGCAGUUAAUUAAAUAAAAUAGUAAAAAUCUA